CGUUUAAUUGGCGCGACUGAGUCGAGUGCGAACGCUAUAUCGAACACUUGAGUUGGAGCAAUUUUUUUUUGUAUUUUGUACAAAACAAAGCAAGAUGCCUAAAGUAAAGAGGAGUCGAAAGCCUCCCCCAGACGGAUGGGAGCUCAUCGAGCCCACUUUGGACGAGCUGGAUCAGAAAAUGAGAGAAGCUGAAACAGAGCCUCAUGAGGGAAAGCGAAAGGUGGAGUCCCUUUGGCCGAUCUUCAGACUGCAUCAUCAGCGGAGUCGAUACAUCUACGACCUUUUCUACAAACGGAAAGCCAUCAGCAGAGAGCUGUAUGAGUACUGUAUAAAAGAAGGUUAUGCAGACAAGAACCUGAUUGCCAAGUGGAAGAAGCAGGGCUACGAGAACCUUUGCUGCCUGCGUUGCAUCCAGACACGAGACACCAACUUUGGAACCAACUGCAUCUGCAGAGUGCCCAAGAGCAAGCUCGAAGUCGGACGGAUCAUCGAGUGCACCCACUGUGGAUGCAGAGGAUGUUCCGGCUAAGUUGCAGUUUUUGGACUUGCAUAUAAUUCUGUGUCGGACAUCGCGGGCUUCAUUCUCACAACCCAGAGGCAGCAUCGCCCUUAUUUCAGUCAGCUGCAUCAGAACCAGUCGCUCAUCUUCGUCCUCGGCUGCCCUCGUAGGGGAUCAUUAUGUGGUAUUCUUCUAUUUUUAAACACGGGGGAGCAAUAGAGAAUACACUGAAGGGGCCAUAUUGUCUUAAUUACAUUAGUAGUUCAGUCUUCUUUUUAUACCCAACUAAAGCCCUGAAGUCCUAAACUUUAACGUAGGCGGUUCAUAUUAGUUGUUUCUGGAUCAGGCCCGUCAUUCCAGGUAGUCACGCCCACUGUGGAGGUCAUUUCUAGUGUUUAUUUCACCUGAAGAGGGCUUGGAAGGUUUUUUUUGUUUGACAUGUCAUUGCUUUAAAUCUUAAAACUUUUACUUCAUCUUGUUAUUGUGGUAUAAUUUUAAAUAAAACAUUUCAGAUUCAU